UACAAACAUUACAAUAAUAGUACUCAUACAAUGGAAGCUGAAAAGUCAAAAUUGUAAACCUCACUUUUUCAUCAUCAUCAUCAUCAAUUUCAACUUACAUGAAAAUCUGAGUUGAACUAUAACAUGGAACAUCAUCACAGAAAACUGAUCCCAGAGUUAUGUGAAUUGAUAUGCCAUGGAGUAAACUCUGUAUCCAAAUGUUCAUUGAACAAUGAUUGUGCUAAUUGCUUCAAAAACUGUCUCAAAACCAAGCCUCUAUACCCUAAUUACUAUUACCCUCCACCACCACCACCACCACCACAAGAUCAACAACAAGAAUUUCCUUUCUAUUCCUCAUCAAAUCAAAACCAGCACAAAAUCAUCAAUUACUUCAUCAUCACUCUUUCUCUUCUUGCUUUUACUUUCUUCCUUGUUUGUAUUCGUGCAUGUUGUGUCAAUUGUAGGUCAAGAAGAACGAGAACAAGGUUAAGGACAGUGGCAAGGACAAGAACACCAGCACCAGCAUCAUCAUCACUAUCAUCAAGGAUUCAGCAAACUCAGGUGAUGAAUUUUGAUGAUGAACAACAUGAUGAUUCUAUUGUGGAUCAUCCGAUUUGGUAUAUUCGAACUCAAGGUCUUCAACAAUCGGUUAUAAAUGCAAUUAGUGUUUGCAAGUAUAAGAAAGGCGAAGGUUUGAUUGAAGGAACGGAUUGUUCUGUUUGUUUGAGUGAGUUUGAAGAAGAUGAGAGUCUUAGGCUUUUACCUAAGUGUCAUCAUGCUUUUCAUUUACCUUGUAUUGAUACUUGGCUUAGUUCUCAUACUAAUUGUCCUAUGUGUAGAGCUCCAAUUGUUAGUACUAAUCCUGCAAUUGAAAGGGUUGAGUCUUUGGAGUCUAUUGUUGUUGAUUCUCAUACACAAAUUGAGGUUUCUGAUGAAAAUAGUGGUGAAACUGAAUCGAAUUUAGGGCUUGAAAUUAGGGCUCAUGAUUCUGAGUUGACGAAUAGAGUAGAAGGGGAAGCCGGGCAAUUGGAGUUAUGUGAAAAUGGAAGACCAGUUGUCGAUGUGGCUAGUGUUGUUCAGCCUAGGAGAUCGGUUUCUAUGGAUGAUUCAUUUGUUGCAGGUAUCAAUAAUGUUGUUGUAACUGUUGUAUCAAAAGAAUGUAAUGGUAAUGAAGAUAGUGUUUCGAAGUUUAAUGGAAGUGAGAAUUUGGCAACUACAUCGAAAGGUAGUACUAGUAGUAGUUUUUCUUUUAGGUCAACAAGAUAUUUGCAGGGUGUUGCUAGUCCAAUGAAGAGAUCAAGUUCAUACAAUGGGAAGUUUCUUCUGUCUUGGUAUAGCCGCAAUCAGAAAAAGCCGAAUGCGAUUUUGAGAAACUUUUGAUUUUAUUGUUAUUGUUAUUAGCUUUUAUGCUAACUUCACAACUGAAGUACUAUAUACAUGUAACUCAGCAACUCUCAACAAGCUGAGAGCCUGAGACUUUCAAAGUUUUAUGCAUGCAUUAAAAAAUACUAUGUGCUGCAUCAAGUGUAUAAUAGCAAAACAAUUAAGUUACAAAUAAAUAUUGUUCAAUUUUUUGCUGAUAUUGUUCCAUAUAUGAUGAAGAUUUAUUGUAUUUGUGCAAAUGUAUUUGUUGUAAAGUUGUUUUUUUCACAAGAAUAGUAUGUAACUCGUGCAAAUGUCAUCUUGCUUAUCUUCUGUGCUUGGAUCACAACAUGUUAACCUGUCAAGACGACUACGAGCUGUCAAAACUUUCAUCGGCUGCCCUUCUGGCAAAGAGUUCGCAACACUCCGGGGCUUUGAAAUUAAGGAGAUUGAGAAGUGUGUCAAUCAGAAGAAUCAGUUUGCAUCUGCUUCUCCGUGUUUCAACGGACAAACAUCGCAUUCAAACUACGGUUGGUUCAUGAUGAGUGUCCAUAUCUAAAAUUAUGCAUACCAAAUUGAAUAAAAUACAGAAGUGCUUCAGAAAACACACAAUUCAGAAUCUAGAUUCUGAAGCUGCAUUAUGGAGUUUGUCAUAUGUUCAAUCCGAACACUCAUGAGAUGUCUGUAUGAAUUAUACAAAACGAAAUAAACCAGCA